AGACAGGCCGCGAGCCAGGAAGCAGCUCGAACCGUGACGACGAUCGUGGGGGACGGCGUAGUGUUACGUCCUUGGUGUUCUUGACCACACUCGAUCGUCAGUGACCUGAGAAACAAUUUGUGUAUUCGUCUGUGUCGAUCGCAAAGGGAGAAUCAUUCUGCAAAGCAAGGAGAACUCCUAGAGCAGUGAGAUGGCUUCGCUCAUCGCCAAUGCAUUUCAACAUCCCAUGGUAAGAAAGCUUCUGGCCUAUCGGAAGGGCGACGCUGAUGAUCGUUGGGGAGAGAAGGCCGUGAAGUCUCUCGUGAAGAAGCUCAACAAACAGGGAGCUCUGGAGGAAUUGGAACAAGCUGUCGCCAAGCAGGAUCCCAACUCCCGAUGCAUAACGAUUCCCAGAUCCUUAGACGGCCGGCUGCAAGUGUCACAUCGGAAAGGACUACCACACGUUAUCUACUGUAGACUGUGGAGGUGGCCGGACCUGCAAUCACAACACGAGCUUCGCGCGACGCCCCAGUGCCAGCAUUCAUUCCACGCCAAGAAGGAUGAAGUCUGCGUCAAUCCGUGGCAUUACGAUAGAAUAGAAACGCCACAGCUGCCGCCCAUAUUGGUGCCGAGGUAUACGGGUGAUCUCCCAGAAGACUUCGAGCUGCCCGACUUCGAUAGUUCUAUUCCGGAGAACGCAAAUCUGCCACCCGAUACUCCGCCUCCUGGAUACAUGAGCGAGGAAUCGGAUUUGUUGUCAUCGCCCGGGUCCCAAGCACCAUCGUCACCACCGGCCACGCCGGGCUUCGCGAGUCCGCUUUCGACCCAAAAUUCUUUACAAAACAACAACUUGCAUUCGCCGGCAAAUCACCUCAGCGGAUUGGACACCAUGGACACGGAGAAUCCUCAAAUCGCUACUCCUUCACCACCUCCGGCUGGAAUGAAUAACCUGUCACAGGAUUUGCAACCCGUCACUUACUCGGAACCGCAGUUCUGGUGCUCGAUUUCUUACUAUGAGCUGAAUAGCCGCGUCGGGGAAACCUUCCACGCGUCUCAACCUUCGUUGACAGUCGACGGAUUCACCGAUCCCUCGAGCUGCGAACGGUUCUGUCUUGGGCUGCUUUCGAACGUGAAUAGAAAUCCCAUUGUCGAGCAGACUCGGAAACACAUCGGUCGGGGAGUUCGACUGUACUAUAUUGGAGGAGAAGUGUUCGCUGAAUGCCUGUCAGACAGUUCGAUAUUCGUGCAGAGUCCCAAUUGUAAUCAGCGCUACGGUUGGCACCCUGCAACCGUCUGUAAAAUACCCCCCGGCUGCAACUUGAAGAUCUUCAACAAUCACGAAUUCGCCAACCUGCUGACGCAAAGUGUCUCUCAGGGUUUCGAAGCUGUCUACCAAUUGACAAGAAUGUGUACCAUCAGAAUGUCGUUCGUCAAAGGCUGGGGAGCUGAGUAUCGGCGACAAACUGUAACGUCAACUCCCUGUUGGAUCGAGCUACAUUUGAACGGACCCUUGCAAUGGCUCGAUAGGGUGCUGACCCAGAUGGGAUCACCCCGCAUGCCCUGUUCAUCGAUGUCAUAGUUCAUAAGUAUCUCCGCGGCCGCUCAUUUUUUUCUCCUUUGGAAUGCCGCUCUGUCCCUUCGGGAUGUUCCCUAUUCAGCUCCUCCCCAAAACUCACGCUUCCUAUCACGCGAAUCGAAGAGACGUUCACGAUAGGAGGCAGCUUUCUGAUCGAAACGCAUAGUUUAUAUUAUGGAUUCUUGGGCUCCUUCGUUAGUUGAUGGACUCUUGUCAUUAUCCAAUAAUGAAUACUGGAAUUCAUGGACGCGUUGAUGAGUAUUCGUCCGAUCACCGAGACACCUUCCUGACGGAACAAAAAUGACGAGAAUAGCCCUGAACGUUGUAGCUUUUUCACAGAUUCAGAUUAUGGGCUCUGAGGACUCUGCCCAAGCGACCGUAUCUGUGUUCGAAUUCAGUUUGACGGAGGCAGAGCAGCUAGCCUGUUACAGGCGCAGUUUGAUCUCCGACCGUGUAGCUACGUUAGGUAUCCUUCUUACUUUAAGAUGGCAUUUUCGGGAGCUUAAUUGCAGAAAAGGGCCGCAAUGGCUCUGUUUACGUUACGCGGUACGGCGUCUAUCCGUCUGCGCAGUGUGACAUCCUCGACUCAUUGAUCGAGUCUCACUCUCCACUGACGAAAAAUAUAUGUACAGCUGAGUUGGUGUAGAAAUCAAUG